AUGAGAUAUUAUCUUUCUUUAUCCACAGCUUAUCCAGAAGACGAUCAGGAACGGCUGGCAAGAGAGGAGCAGGAGCGGCAGGAGCGUCUUGCAAGGGAGGAACAAGAAAGACUUGCGCGAGAAGAGCAAGAAAGACUCGUACGAGAGGAGCAGGAGCGUCUUACAAGGGAUGAGCAAGAGAGACUGGUACGAGAGGAGCAGGAGCGGUUAGUAAGAGAAGAACAAGAGAGAGUCGCAAGAGAAGAACAGGAGAGACUUGCGAAAGAAGAGCAGGAGCGACAGGAGCAGGCUGCUAGGAAGGAACAAGACAAACUCGCACGGGAGGAGCAAGAACGCUUGGCAAAAGAAGAACAAGAGCGUCUUGAGAGGGAAGAACAGGAGAGGCUUGCGAAAGAGGAUCAGGAGCGGUUAGCAAAAGAGGAACAAGAAAGACUUGCAGCGGAAGAACAAGACUAUAUCGUACAAGAACAAGAACGACUUAUUAGGGCGGAGCAAGAAUAG